AGGGUAUAGAAUUUAUGUAUUUAUUUAUAGGGAUUGAUUCCCAUUGGUAUAUUGUGUAUUUAUUUGAUCCAUUACGGCAAUUCCGAACACAGCCGGUUUUGUCUUUUUUGUUUCGUUUGAAGCGAGCUCCCCAUCAAGCGAGUGAUGAGUGUUCCUGUUGUGGCCAGCAGGUGGCGCCACGUGGUUUGGCCUCGGAGGCAAAGCAUGUGCUCCGCGAGCAGCGUCUGCAGACUUGCGUGCGAGCGUGAGGUUCGUGGGCAGGAUCGCGAUCAUUUGGACAGACAGACGGGGAAGAGGAGAAAGUGAGCAGAGCUCCGCCGAGGAGGAACGAGACCCUCAAAGCAGCACAGACCGCUGAGCCUUAUCUUGCUCGCAGACCCUCACCCAGAGGUUGUCGUGUCCACGCUCCGGAACUUGAAUUUGAGUUCGCAACUCUUUGGAGGGUCUCGAAGUACAACUUGUGCCCGGCGGAUGUUUAGAGCUGGUCCAGGUGUAACUAAGGCCGAGUGGAGGGAAUGUAUCCAAGUGGGACCGCGGCGAGCGGCUGUGUCCGGGGAUGUCCGGGCUGGAUGGUCGUGCUGCUCCUCGGCUUCCUGGACCUCGGCGCGACCGGGUCUGACUUUGCCCAAGACCCCAGUGUGGUAGCAGCCCCUUCAUGGAACACUUCUAGUGAUGGGCCAUUUUUUAUCCGUCUUGAGACUGCUAUGAACAACAUCACCACGUCUCUGGGACAGACAGCUGAGCUGUUCUGUCGUGUGUCUGGCAACCCGCCACCGACCGUGCGCUGGCUAAAGAACGAUGCGCCUGUGGUACAGGAGCCACGGCGGGUCUCGUACCGAUCCACACCAUAUGGGUCACGUCUUCGUAUCCGCAAUCUGGACACCACAGACACUGGCUACUUCCAGUGUGUAGCAACCAAUGCGCAGGGCACAGUGUCUACCACGGGCGUGCUCUUCGUCAAAUUCGAUCCGUUGCCUACACCUCUCCCAGGACGGCCAACGGAGGAUUUUGACGAGGAGGGGUUCUGCCAGCCGUACAGAGGCAUUGCAUGUGCCCGCUUCAUCGGUAACCGCAGCAUCUUUGUUGACUCGUUGCAGAUGCAGGGUGAGAUCGAGACCCAGAUAACAGCGGCCUUCACCAUGAUCGGCACAUCCAACCAUCUCUCCGAUCGCUGCUCGCAGUUUGCCAUCCCAUCCCUCUGCCACUUCGCCUUCCCGACCUGCGACCGCAGUUCAGGUGCUGACAAACCCCGGGACCUGUGCAAGGAUGAAUGUGAGAUCCUGGAGAAUGACUUGUGCAAGACGGAGUACAUCAUCGCCCGCUCGAACCCGAUCAUACUGAAAAGACUGAAGUUGCCUAACUGUGAGGAUCUGGCAGCCUCAGACAGUCUUGAGGCAGCCAAUUGUCUUAGGAUCGGCAUCCCCAUGGCGGAGCCAAUUAACAAAAAUCACAAAUGUUACAACAGCAGCGGAUCAGAAUACCGCGGCACCAUCAGUAUGACCAGGUCAGGCCGUCAGUGUCAACCGUGGAACUCCCAGUAUCCUCACAGCCACAACUUUCUGGCUGUCCGCUACCUGGAACUCAACGGGGGUCAUUCGUACUGCCGCAACCCAGGAAACAAACACGAGGCUCCCUGGUGCUUCACACUGGACGAGGGGGUGCGCAUGGAGCUCUGUGACAUACCCAUCUGUGACUAUAAGGAGAAGUCUGGUGGCGGCAACAUGGAGAUCUUGUACAUUCUGGUUCCAAGUGUGGCCAUCCCAUUGGCCAUUGCGCUGCUUUUUUUCUUCAUUUGUGUGUGCCGCAACAACCAGAAGUCUGCCAGGCCACCCGUGCCUCGCCAGCCCAAACCGGUCCGUGGGCAAAACGUUGAGAUGUCCAUGAUCACAACCACAUACAAGCCAAAGAGUAAGGCCAAAGAGCUUCCCCUGUCGGCGGUGCGUUUCAUGGAAGAGCUUGGAGAGUGCUCACUGGGGAAAAUAUACAAGGGGCACCUGUACCUGCCGGGCAUGGACCAAGCACAGCUGGUUGCCAUCAAGACCUUGAAGGAUGUCUCGAGUGUCCAACAGUGGAGUGACUUUCAGCAGGAGGCUGGCGUGCUGACAGAGCUGCAGCACCCAAACGUGGUGUGCCUGCUGGGUGUGGUGACCCAGGAGCAGCCUGUCUGUUUGCUGUUUGAGUUUCUCCCUCAAGGCGACCUUCACGAGUUCCUCAUCAUGCGUUCGCCGCAUUCUGAUGUGGGCUGCAGCAGUGACGAGGAUGGAACCGUUAAAUCCAGCCUGGAUCACGGCGACUUCCUGCAUAUGGCCAUCCAGGUUGUUGCUGGAAUGGAGUACUUGGCCAGUCACUUCUACAUUCAUAAGGACCUUGCAGCGCGGAACAUUCUAGUUGGCGAGCAGCUCCAUGUGAAGAUAUCUGAUCUGGGCCUGUCCCGAGAGAUCUACUCUUCAGACUACUACUGCAUCCAACCGAAAACUCUUUUUCCUAUCCGCUGGAUGCCUCCUGAGGCCAUUACCUACGGAAAGUUCACCACAGACUCGGACAUCUGGUCGUUUGGAGUGGUGCUGUGGGAGGUCUUCAGCUACGGUCUGCAGCCUUAUUAUGGCUUCUCCAACCAGGAAGUGAUGGAGAUGGUUAGAAAAAGGCAGCUGCUGCCCUGUCCUGAAGACUGUCCGCCAAGGUUCUACGGUUUGAUGACCGAGUGCUGGCAGGAGGGACCAGCACGUAGACCUCGCUUCAAGGACAUCCACAGCCGCCUGCGAGCCUGGGAGGGGCCGUCAUCUCACGCCAGCUCCAGCACGCCCUCCGGCGGGGGAGGCAAUGCCACCACCCAGACCACCUCGUUGAGCGCAAGCCCCGUCAGCAACCUGAGCAACCCUCGCUACGCCACCGCUGCAGGAUAUCUCUACCCGGCCCAGGCUAUAGCCUCACCGGGACAGAUGGCUCCCAUUCCAGCAUGGGCACCCAUGGCGGUGCCCCAAACACACCCGCGCUUUAUUCCCGUCAAUGGCUACCCCAUUCCACCAGGAUAUGCGGCUUUUCCUGCUCAUUUCCCUCCCCCGGCGCCACCCACUCGGGUAAUCCAGCAUCACCUGCCGCCCCCUAAAAGCCGUUCGCCCAGCAGCGCCAGCGGCUCCACCAGCACAGGUCACGUCAGCGGCGUUCCCUCCACCACGGGCUCCAACCACGACGCCAACACGCCGCUGCUGUCGCACUGCAUCAUGCCAGGGAACGGCGGAGGCCCUUUACAAGUGUACGGGCAGCUAUCUCAGAAGACGGUGGGACAACUGGACCACACGCAAACAUCGGUGCUGCUCGCGCCGGACUCUAACGUGCUGAUCUAUAAUGACGCUGUCAUCACUGCAGACCUGUAGAUGAAAAUAGGGAUAUUGACUGUGUCCCAUGUGGGACCAGUUUCAGAAAUAUUGCCUCUCAUCCAGGCACCCGGGCAAAGAAUUCAACAGAGGCCGUGCAAAGCCUGGCCUGUGACAACAUUUGGAUCUACGGUGUGAGAAACACUGCAACAGCUAGACGAGUAAACAUCCGUCCAUCCAUUUUCUAUACCGCUUGUCCUCCUUAGGGUCAUAGGGCAGCUGGAGCCUAUCCCAGCUGACUUUGAGUGAGACGCGGGGUACACCCUGGACUGAUCGCCAGCCAAUCGCAAAACAAGUAAACAAAUAUACUUAAUAUCAUGUUGUUUCCAAUAUUGCGUUAUUUUAGUCUGCAUGUAAAUACAGUACGUAAGUCCUGACUGAAUGAGUGAAUGAAAUGAAAGUUAGAUUUUUAAGAGAACUUUUAAUUGUGGUGUAAUAGAAGAAGGUCCAUCCAAGUGGUUGCUAUUGCAGUCUAAAAUAGCGCCAGUGUCAGUUGAAGGUCUUUAUCAUUUUCAGGAGACUUUUUCGCAUCAGUGUGACUUCCUUGCAGUUGUAUGGUUGAAAAUACAAAUUCAGUGUUCCCAAGCCUUCUCCUAGGAAGCAAUAACUGGAAGUGUGCACUGACACCUGCAUGCUCAAACUUGCUGCAGGUGCAAUUCAAGGUUUUCAAAGAUUACCUUUAAUUCAACAUUUGGUUGUAUGCUUUUGCUUUAUGGUUUUUAUUGACCAGGCAGCUAAGAGCAUAUUUAUUAGCUCCAUUAUAUAAAAUCCCUUCAGCAUGACAUCUGAAUGUUUCCACAAUGACAAGUCAACAGUAGGUACAGUAGACAUUUGCCUCUGAUAUUUUGUCACUUUGUGCCUUAGUCCCCACAACUAUGGAAUGAAGUCAUCUGCGAAGGAAGCUCCCAAACGGAUAUGCAAAUGACAUCAUACAUGCAAGCAGACUGGUCUGAGUUUGCAUUAUUUGUCCUACAUAGCCUUUAUUAUUAUUUUCCCAUCAGUAGUCUCUCAAUCUUACAGAGAAACAUUGCAUUUUAAUAUAGAUUGAAUAUUAUUUUUAUUACUGUUUUUUUAUAUAAAUAUAUGUAUAUUUGAAUUUUGAAGGAAAGUUUCCUUGUUUUUUUUUUUUUUUUUUACUGCCACAUUAAAGACGUGGGGAGUUGUGCUACCUUUUUAUUAUGGCAUGUUUGUUUGGUUAUAUGCACGGAUUAUCACGGCCUCAAGCGGAAUAAUGUUUUUAUAUUAAUUAGAUUGCAGAAGACAACAAUGUUUGACCUUCCAAAGGAUUCAUGUUUGUGCUGAGACCCAAAUACAGAAAGACAGCACAAGUGUACUUCCCAAUAUUCGAUGAUGGUCAGUUAGAAGCACAUCUAAUUAAGAAGAGGAAAUAAAUUCCAGAAGCAGAUGCAGCUUUAUUCGAAACUAUUACUGAGCUUGUGUUGUCGAAAGUGACUACCUGUGAAGCAGACAAUCAUUGCCUUGUGUUGUCAUUGUUUGACUCACCGCACACAUUGAAACCAAUUGAAAUCA